AUGUCUGCUGAAUGCCCCCGUUUCGAAACUGCCAAGGACAGGGUCCUUUGGGAACUGCACCGCUUGGAGGGCAUGGACGCAGUGAUAGAGCUCCUGGACAACAUCAACAACAGGAAUCGUCUCCUCUGCAUCCAGGGAGCAAUUGUUCCCGAGCAGCGCUUACACACGGUUAUCCUUGGUAAUACGGGAAGAGGGAAAACCAGCGCUGGCCAGCUAUUUGGGCAAUACAUGCGAUGCACCAGCAUGGUCGGUUCAAACACCUACAAAGAGGUGACUGGAUCGAAGCUCCUGCGCAUGGGGCCUAAAAGAAUCGAGCAAUUGUUCCGCCCGCCUCCCGUGGAUGCAACAGUCAGACGGCGCAGGCUUCUCGCCAUCAACGAUAUGCGUCCCACGCAGAAUCCUGCCAUCGACGUGAAUGAUCCCGCCAAUUUCACCCUCAAUCGGGGUUGCCUCCAUAGAGGGGGCGUUCUAUUCAUUGACGACGCGGACCAGCUCGUGGGAUCGCAUGCCGGAAGAGCCGGGCAGAUAAUCCUCCACAUCCUCCAAGAAGCAAUGGACACCCUUAUUGGCGACUUGCUCAUCGUCUUUGCGGGUUGUGAAGAGGAGAUGAAGCCCCUUUUCGAGCAAAACCCAGCCUUGAAAGCCCGGAUUCCUCACAUCGUCCGUCUUGAAGAAUUCAGCGGUUCUCAAAUGCUCGGGAUGCUCCUCGACCUAAUCGACGAGAGGUUCCAGGGAAAGAUGACCGCUGAAGGCGACCUGGAUGGAGAAUUUAUGCAAGCGGCUGUUCGUCAAGUAGGCCGAGGGCGAGGCGAGAAGGGAUUUGGCAAUGCGUAUGCCGUUAAGAACUUGCUGGAUGAGAUAUGCGCACGCCAAGCAAAGAGAGUCUGCGCCAAGUACGAUCUCAGGGAUGUGUCCCCUGGCAGAGAUGUACUCUUCCAUCUCAUAAAGGAAGACAUCCUUGGGCCUGAUUCCUGA